GAGCAGGGAGAAGGAGGGAUGAACAGAAAGUGAUAGAGACACUCAGCAAGUGUGGACCACUUUUUCAAUUCAUUCAUCUACCUGGGUUGGAGUUGUCUGAAUGAUAGAAGGACAGGAUCAGUGUUCUUUCACAGGUGAUAUUUGAUGUAUGAGAAUUUGACCAUGCUGAAUCUACAAAACAGCUCCAGCUGGACUGGUCCAAACAACUGGUACCAUCCGCCCGACACCAUCACCCCACAACAUGGAGCAGAUGGUUGCGUGGAGGAUCUGAAUGUGCAAAUGGCUGGGGCUGGAGAAGGAGUGCUACAAAGAGAGAGGGAUGCGGUGGACGAGUCACAGCUACACCUGCAGUUGAAGAGGAAGCUGCAGAGGAACCGCACCAGCUUCACCCAGGAGCAGAUAGAUGCCCUGGAGAAAGAGUUUGAAAGGACACAUUAUCCAGAUGUCUUCGCCCGAGAAAGACUGGCAGCAAAAAUUGAUCUUCCAGAGGCUAGAAUUCAGGUAUGGUUCUCCAAUCGGAGAGCUAAGUGGAGGAGGGAGGAGAAGCUGAGAAACCAGAGGAGAUCAGGAGGCACGAGUUCCUGUUCUCAGACACACACUCCACUGAGCACCUCCUUUAAUUCCCCUGUAUAUCAUCACAGCAACAGCUCAGGCUCAAUGCACAGUCGAAGUGAUUCGUCUCUCUCAGGCUAUGGCUCCCUAUCAGUCUUCUCCAGUAAGCAGUCUUUACCUUCUCAAUCUACUCCAAUUUACUCCUGUAUGUUGCCCCCUUCUCCUUCUGCCCUGCCCCCUCUUUCUCGUAAGUUUGACUCCUCAUCUUACACCUCUCCCCACCUCCCGCCUCCUCCCACGGCCAGUGCAAACACAGGAUUUUUUCCUGGUGUCUCUACAGCGGGACAGACCUCAGUUCAGGGGAGUGACCAGGAGCUGGGUCAAGGUCUGAGUCCGUACUGGACGAGACUGCAGUAAACAGCGCAUCUUAUCAUUAUCAGACUAAAACUAGCAGAACGUACUACAGCACAAUUUAAACUAGAUCUUUAAACUAAAUGUUACAAAAAAAUCCUGCCAAAACACCAGACUACCGUAUGCAUUUAGAUCAUUCACACAUCAGGGAAGCAGUCUGUGUAAGCUAUAAUGCCAUAUAAAGAAGACAGCUUUGGACCUCACAAAACUAACGGUAGGACUGCCCUGCACAUGUACUGUAUAGGCACAAACUAGUCUGGUUAUCUUUCUCAACUGAUGGCGAAACAGUAACAGUAUCUAAAAGGAUUAAUUCAGAUGGCCUGUUAAAGUGUAGUUCGACACCCUGCCUUGUGUAGUAAAAAAAAUUGUUUAAUUCAUGUGUAACUUACAAUAAGUAUAAAAACUGCCCAAUUAAGUAAGUUUAAAAGCUGCAUCUAGAUAUCAAAAUGUCUGGUUUUAAUUCAGUAAGGAAUAAACAAGCCAAUAAUACUAUUGCACUGACAUGAAAUAAUCAAUGACAAUCAAGUCUAAAACUGUGAUAAGCAGCAACAAUCACUCAAAUGCACAAACUAUCUUAUAGGAAUCAAAACCAAACAUAAAUUGAGCUAAUGACAAUCAAACGUUGUUGCAAAAGACUGCAAGGACAAUCAAACAUGACCAAUCAAGUGUAAUAUACUGGAAUAUGGCUAAUGAUUUAUUACUGUAAAUUGUUAAAUGGACAUUACUGUGAUUUUGAAUAUCGCUUUAUUUCACUUCUAUGUAAUAUUCAUGUUUUUUUCUGUCAGACCCCGUGACCCCGAAUUUCACUGUAGAAUUGUUUGAAUGUGUGUGCAUAUGAAACAGUGAGAGAGGAGAGAGUGAUAAUGUUAUAGUAUUUAACAUUAGAAUUGUGAACAAUUAAGUGUGAACCCUUUU